AUGAAAUUUAUCAUCUAUUUAAGUGUCAUUGUUGGGAUAUUUUUCUCUGCUCAGUCAUCUGCGCAGAAAGAAGACCAUGCUCCCUAUUUGGUAUACCUCAAGUCUCACUUCAACCCCUGUGUAGGUGUCCUUAUCAAAAACAACUGGGUGUUGGCCCCAGCUCACUGCUACUUACCAAAUCUGAAAGUGAUGCUGGGAAAUUUCAAGAUCAGAAUCAGAGAUGGGACAGAGCAGGCAAUUAACCCUGUCCAGAUUAUCCGUUAUUGGAACUACAGCCAUAGCUCCCCCCAGGAUGACCUCAUGCUCAUCAAGCUUGCUAAGCCUGCUGUCCUCAACACCAAAGUCCAGCCCCUUCCCCUCGCCACCAGCAACGUCUGGCCAGGCACUGUCUGUCUGCUUUCAGGUUUGGACUGGAGCCAUGACAACAGUGGCCGACACCCUGAUUUAAGGCAGAACCUGGAGGCCCCUGUGAUGUCUGAUAAAGAGUGCCAGAAAACCGAACAAGGAAAAAGCCACAGAAACUCCUUAUGUGUUAAAUUUGCGAAAGUGUUCAGCCGAAUUUUUGGGGAGGUAGCUGUCGCUACUGUCAUCUGCAAAAACAAGCUCCAGGGGAUUGAGGUCGGACAUUUCAUGGGAGGCGAUGUCGGCAUCUACACGAAUGUUCACAAAUACAUACACUGGAUUGAAAGCGUCACUAAAGACAAAUGA